AUGCACCUUGCAUGGGAAGGAUUCUAUCGAGAGACAGUUUACCAGCAGAAACAGCUGGAAAAUCACGUGACUCAGUUUCACUUGAGCCCUAUAUUGUGUGGAGUCAGACGAUUUCAUGGAGGAUGUGGGAUCUGCCCUGAGAUUCACAGGGUUGGUGUGACUGUGGAUGGGAGUGAGGAGGGCUUUCUAGGUGAGGACAACAGCAUGAGCAAAGUCUCAGGGCUGUGUUGGUCACUGGUCGGGACUCAUUGUCACCGUCCUGGAGAGACUUCCACCACGGGCCCCUUAAGGAGCAGCUGUGGGGCUACCCAUUUUUCUCUUGGUUCCUCAGCCAACUUCUCCCAGUUUGCCUUCGAGUCCGUGGUGGCCAUCGCCAACAGUCUGCACAACAGCAAGGACCUGAGCAAGGACCAGCACGGGAGGAACUGCCUGCUGGCUUCCUACGUGCACUACAUCUUCCGCCUGCCGGAGCCACAAAGGGACAUGCCCAAGUCAGGUGCUCCCACUGCCCUCCCUGACCCCCGCCAUCACACAUAUGGACACAUAUCAGCUGCUGCCGUGAGUUCGAAGCUGCUGCAGGCCCGGGUGAUGAGCAGCAGUAACCCAGACCUUGCGGAGACACAAUUUGAAGCGGACGAAGUGAAGAACAUCAUGUCUUCAAAGAACUUUGCAAGAGUAAAGAUGCAAGUAACCAUGUUGCUGGCAUUUUUGGUGGGCAGAGCACCAGACUUUAAUGAAGAGCACCUGAGAAGAUCCUUGAGGACAAUUUUGGCUUAUUUGGAAGAGGACACGGCCAUGCAGAUGACUCGUUUUCCCAUCGAGGUGGAAGAAUUUCUCUGUAAUCUGAAUAGCAUCUUAUAUGACACGGUGAAGAUGAGGGAAUUUCGGAAAGAUCCUGAGAUGCUCAUAGAUCUCAUGUACAGCCUGGAGUGCAAGGGCACAAUCUUGGCUCACUGCAACCUCUGCCUCCCAACUUCAAGCACUUCUCCGACCUCCGCCUCCUGAGGAACUAGGAUUACAUAUACCCACCACCAUGCCCAGCUAAGUUUUGUAUUUUUUAGUAGAGAUGGAGAUUUCACCAUGUUGGCCAGGCUGGUCUUGAACUCCUGACCUUGUGAUCAGCCUGCCUUGGCCUCCCAAAGUGCUGGGAUUACAGGUGUGAGCCACUGCACCUGACCGAAUUUCACUUUUUUUAAUGUGGCUACUUAAAAAUUUAAAAUAUGUACGUGACUCACAAUAUUUUCCUGUUGGACAGCACUGUCUUAGAGUGUAGCACCAUCACCAUAUCCCAAUAAAUGCUCAUAAAAAAGAAUAGCAAGAGUCCUAUGUAUUAAGUGGGAGAGAAGACAGCUCAGAAGAGUUUACCAACAACUUUCUUAUUGUGUAGGAAAAGUGAAGACCUCAAAGAAAUAAACAUAGCCCUUUGUUUCACUUCUUACCAUAUUUUACCCUUCAUAAAACUUAAAGAAUAGGUAGUCUUGUUUAGUUUUUGCAUUAUUUUGUGCUUGCUAGAUUACAAUGCAUGAAUAUCUUUCUACAACCCAGGCACCACACUAUGUUCUUUAGCUGUGUCCAUCAUUUUCAAGUCCCUUAAUUUUAAUACCAAAGCACACUGGUUUCCAAAAGUAAAAUAAGUGCUGACUCUCUAGAUAAUUGUCUAUGAUGCCAUUCAGCCAUCCAUGUUGAUAACUUCAGAGUUCACCAACAACUUCUGAAUUCCUUGUCAAUUUCCAAGUUCCUUAAUAUCUUCCACUUGACUUUCAUCAUAUGUACCCCAAAACUAUGUACAAUUAUAAGAUAUAUUGAAAUAAAUGUUUUUUAAAGGAUAUGGCAAAUCUAUAGGCACUCAUAUGAGAACAAAUUUUAAAAUGCUAAAAAAAAAAGAAUAUCCAAACAGAUUUUAAAGUGCAUAAAAUAAAUAAAUGGAAAAUGGAAAAGCUACAAGGCUUUUUAACUUGCUGUAGUCCCAUUUAUUUGUUUUUGCUUUUGUAGCCUGAGCUUUUGAUGUGAUAUCCAAGAAAUCACUGCCAAGGCCAAUGUCAAAUAAAUUUUUCCCUAUGUUCUCUUCUAGGAGUUUUAUGGUUUCAGAUCUUACAUUUAGGUCUUCUAUUCAUUUUGAGUUUAUUUCUAUGUAUAGUGCAAGAUAAGCGUCCAAUUUCAUUCUUUUGCAUUUUUAUUUUCCCAGCCAUCAUUUACUGAAGAGGUUUUGUUUUUUUCUUUCUCCCUUAAGUCCUCUUGGUUCUCUGGUUCAAAAUUAGUUGACUAUGUAUGUUUUGAUUUAUUUCUGGGCUCUUUAUUCUGUUCCAAUGGUCUGUAUUUCUGUUUUUAUGCCAGUACCGUAGUGUUUUGAUUACUUUAGCUUUGUAAUUUAAUUUUAAAUUAGCAAGUGUGGUACUUCCAACUUUUCUUUUUCCUCAGCAUUACUUAGUUUUUUUUGUGGCUCCAUACAAAUUUUAGUAUUGUUUGUGCAUUUCCAUGAAGGAUGUUAUUGGAAUUUUGAUAAGGGUUGCAUUAAAUCUGUAUAUUGUUUUGGGUAGUGUGAAUAUUCUUAUAAUAUUAGUGCUUUUGAUUCAUGAGCACAGGAUAUUUUUCCAUUUAUUUGCAUCUUGUACAAUCUCUUUCAUCAAUCUUUUUUAGUUUUCAAUCUACAAAUCUUUCAUCUCCUUGAAUAAAUUUGUUUCUAAGUAGUUUUUUAUGUUAUCAUAAAUGGGAUUCUUUUCAGCUGGGUCAUUGUUUCUGUAUAGAAAGGCUACUGAUGUUUGUAUGUUGAUUUUAUAUCGUGCAACUUACUCAAUUCAUUAGUUCUGAGAGAGAGAGAGAGAGUAUGUGUGUGAUCUUUGGGAUUUUCUAUAUAUAGAAAUUUCAAAUCCCUAUAUAUGACAUGAUCUAUAUAUAGGAUCAUGUCAUCUGUAAAUAGAGAUCAUUUUACUUCUUCCUUUCCAAUUGGGAUGAUUUUAUUUAUUUUUCGUGUCUGAUUGCUCUUGCUAGUACUUCCAAUACUAUGUUGAAUAGAAAUAGCAAGAGUGGGCAUCCCUGCCAUGUACUAGAUUGUGGAAAAGUUUUCAGUUGUUCCCAACUGAUUAUGAUGUGAGCUGUUGGUUUCUCAUAAAAGGCCUUUAUUAUGCAGAGAAACUUUCCUUCUAUACCUAAAAUGUUAAGAGUUUUUGUCAAGAAAGAAUGCUGAACUUUGUCAAAUGCCUUUCCUGUACCAAUUGAGAUUAUCAUGUGGUUUUUAUCUUUCAUUCUGUUAAGUCAGUUUUUGCAUGUCAGGGAUAAAUCCCACUUGGUCAUGAUGCAUAAUUUCUUUGAUGUGUUGUUGAAUUUGGUUUUCAUCAAUAUUUAUCAGAGAUAUUGGCCUGAAGUUUUAUUUUCUUAACAUACGUUGUCUGGCUUAGGUAUCAAGGUGAUGCUGACCUCAUAAAAUGUGUUUGGAAGUAUUCCCCGUAGCUCUAAUUUUUGGAAGAGUCUAACAAGUAUCGAUAAUAAUUAUUCUUUGAAGGUUUGAUAAAAUUCAGCCAUGAAGCCAUCUGGUCCUAGGCUUUUCUAUUUUGGAAAGUUUUUCAUCACUUCCUUAACUUCUUUAUUUGUUGUUGGAGUGUUUAAACUUCCUGUUUCUUCCCAAUUCAAUCUUGAUAGGUUAUUUUUUCUAGAAAUUUAUCCAUUUCUUCUAGGUUCUCUAAUUUGUUAGCAUAAAAUUGUUCAUCAUAAUCCCUAAUGAUCAUUUUGAUUUCUGAGGUAUCUAUUGCAAUAUCUCAGCUUUCA